GUUCAGCAGUUUAAACACGAAGCGGGUCCGGCUGAGUCAGGAGGAGAAGUGAAAAAGAAUCAAAACACACAAAAGUAAACUUUGCGAAUGAACCGGUUGCUGAAAUAGGCGUGAAUACUGCAGUAGUACUCUUAGAUAGUUUAUAUUCUUCUGCAGCUGUAUCGUUUACUCUAAAAAUGAAGCCGAUAAAGUCGACGUUUCUCAGGACGUACGGUAAGCAUUCGCGAAAAUUGUCCGCCUGGAUUUCACCGAAUGACCGUAAGCAGGCCUUCGACAGCACCGCGUCGACAGACGCAGACGUCUCCGUGUUUGAACCGAGGGGGCGACGGUAGGUGGACAUCGACAGACCACCACUGUGGCUCUGUUUUGUUUCUGUUUGAAGACAUUAACUCCAUCUGUCUGCAAACCUUUGUUUCAUGGCUGUUUUCUUGAGACCUAAGUGGGAGUUACUUUGGUUUUAAGGAGAAUCCGUGUUUGAAUAACAAGUAGGAAUGACAUGACAGAUAAUGGCAAAAGUUACUUUGCAGCUUUAAGUUUCUUUGUCCCUUAAAAUGAUACUUACACAAAAUAGUACAUCAAGCUCAUGCCUGAGCAUUUUCACUCCUCUAUCCUUUGACUAGUCUGUUGGAUGAUACAUGGGUAGAAAAUUAUAAAGUCAACUAACACUAAAUGUGAAAACAUGAAUGAAGGUAAUGAUCUUAAGGGAGGCACUUUUCAGACAAAAAAUACAGUUCAAAGUGCCUCACAGAGGCUAAAAAUAACGAUUAACAACAAUAAAAGCCUACCCUCUCAUCCGCCCACCCACCCAUGGACCCACACACACAAAGACACACACCCACCCUCACUCACUCACCCAAACAUACCCACACACACACACAAGUGCACACAGUGUGAGAAUUAAGGAUAUACUGUUGAAGAGGCAAGGCCUGACACCGAGACUUUACGUGAGGAAAGAGCUACCUUUGGAAAACACUGGUGAUAAAAAUAAAAAUGGUAAAAAGAGAGUAAAACCUGAUGGACUAAAACAAGAAAAUAAUAUUAAAUGAACAGAUAAGUAAGAGCUCUUUACCAUAUAAAAAAGGGUAAAAGAAGUAAAACCUAUGAUGGGAAUUAAGAAAAAGACUAAGAACAGAGAUAAUUAAUAAAAUGACAUAAAAGAAACAAUAAGAACUUCGAUUCAAAUGAACAUUUGCAGUAAGAGAAAAAUAAAAAGGCAGUUAGUGAAAAGCCAGGUUAAAAAGGUGAGUCUUGAGCCUCUUCUUAAAAACAUUUGUCGGACUCAGUUUUGGGAUAUUACCACCCUUUUGAGUUAGAAGUUAGUUAAUAAUCUCACUGUCAGGUAAACCAUUCCCUGGCUGUAGCUUCCAUUGCCAAAAGAGUGACAACAACUAAAAAGUAUCCUCAACAAAUAAAAGAAAGUAAAAAAAAAAUAGAAGAACAAACACAGUAAGUAGCCUAAAAGUAAUUUCCCCAACAGAAAUAAGUUAACAGCAGCCUUUCUUCCCUGAUCAAUUUUCCUGUAUGUUUAACUGUGUAUGCCUUCCACUCCUAAUGUGUUCAUCUCUGUUUUAUGCCUUAGAGCGAAGAGGGUGAGUGUUGCCUCUCAAAGAGUGAUGCGUCCAGCUAAGAAAAAGACCGUACUGUGUCCGACCAGCGGUGAUGAGGAAAACUCCUUGUCCUAUUCCCAUCCACAGCCUAAGCAGCAGAGCAAGACAACCAGGUCAGUAAGAGCAGCAGGCUGUUUUAAAGGUACAGUGUGUGUGGAUUGUAGCAGAGCAGGCUUUGUUGAAAUGGACUGUUAUAUCUGUAAGUAUGUUUAAAUUUGUGUUCAGAUAGAUGACAGAUGACUUUGUGAUGGUAAAAACUUGACAAAAAAGGGGAUUAUUCUCACAGGAGCUUCUUAUCUAUGAAGACCACUUGGAGAGGAGCGUCUCAGUUUAGUCAUCUGGAUAUCACAAAAUUUUCCUAUUUCAUUUUAUCUUGAAGUGAUACCAUUUUCUGUAAGUCCACUGUAUAUGUAUUAUAAUUCAUGUAUUGUCAAAUUUUCCCCUCGGGGUUAAAUAAGUUCUUCCUAUCUUAUCUUAUUGUGAAAAGACGACCUCUCAGUCUGGCUCAAACACUCUAAGAUGCUGGAGUAUUAAGACUAGGGAUAGGCGGUAUGGGCUAAAAAAUUGAUCAAGGCAAGAUUUGCCAUUCUGGCGAUAAUGAUAAAAGUUGCGAUAAAAAUAUUAUAAUUCCAAUUUGUAUUUUUGACUCAGUUUGUCUUGAGAACACCAGCUGGAAUAGUCAAAUAGAUACUAAACCACAAGUUUGAGUGGUAGGUUACAGAGAAAACUAAUGACAUCAAACAAGUCUCAAAUGUGAGAAAAAAUAAUUUAACAUUUGUUGAAAACUUUUAAUGCACAGAGUGAACAGCAGCAGAUCUACCGUCUGAUGUCAGGCACACCUGAUUGUGCUCAUCUAAGCCCCAAUCUUGAAGGAAAUCCCUCAUGUGGAGCCUCGUUCAGUAAAGAGCUGCUCAGGAACGCCCUCUUCAUUACCCUCAGCCAUGUUUGUUUGUUAUUCUGCUCUGUGUGGGCUACGGCUGCGAGUCUGUCGCUAGCGCUUAUGUCAUCAACUUGCAUUUAUCGUAUAUGAGAUGGCAAAUAUUUGUCAUGGAAGAUUUUUCAGACAAUUUAUCAUGGAUGAUAAUUUAUCGCCCAUCCCUAAUGAAGACGUUCAACUGUAGAAAAGAGGACAUCUGAAAGCUUAGUCAGUGCAAUACAACUUAAAUGUGCAAUUCUUAUGGUUCUUCAGGACUUCAUUAGAGCAAAUGUGUAUGCUUAAACUUUUCUAUGUUAGAAGUCAACAGUGAAUUAAUAAACUGAGUCUAGAUUUUGACGCAAGAUCACAUGACAGUUCUAUAAUGUUAAUACCAGAUAAGUGUUACAGUAUUUUUUUUUAACCAAACCGCUCAUGCUCUAGCUUGCCCUGACCAUCAGUUGUUUUCAAUCUCUUCUUUGUUAUCAGAGUUAAGAAGACAAGUGUUUCCGGAGGGCGAGCGGUCCGUCCUGCCAAAAGAAAAGCCAUGUCAUGUCUGACAGAGACCAGCAGUGAUGAGGAGAACAGCCACAGGCCCCCUCCUCCCCGUUCUAAGUCGGCUCAUCAGAGCAAGACAGCCAGGUCUGUGCAGACACUCAGAGAAAAACACAGUGUAAAGAGACAAAUGAUUGCUUAUAUUCAAAGUUCAUUUUUUCCUCUUUUUAAUCACUACAGCAGUCUACAGUAAACAUGUGAAAUAAUUAAAUUACAUGAGGUGUAUUUGACAGUUUUUGUUUGAGAUGUUUGAGAAAAUCAAACCAGAUGUUGUGAAUAAUAAUUAAGCUAACAGCAGGUUCCAAUGGAUUUAGUUUUUCAAUCAAAUGUUGCUUAUUUUACUUUUAUUUGUAUUAAUUUCCUAUGUGGGCCAGGUAACAAAAAUAAUUUUCAUUGUGAAGAAUCUCAGUCUCAUUGUUCAGGCCUUCAGUUCAGUGUUUCAGAGUGAGCACAGAUAGAGUUGAACAAUUUUUUAAAUUUACCUUUGAUUUUUAACUGCACCCAUUUGCAAACCGUCAGAAAUAGUAGGAGAAGUUGAAAAAAAACCCACAUUUGAAAAUUUCCCACUAUCCAUUAUGUGGUAGUGGGAAAUGUGAUUGUUACAACCAUCAAGUUUAAUGCUCAAAGCAUGCUGGGAUACCUGGUGACAUUGACCAGACUGAUGGCGCCACUUUCGUUCCCUCAUUCUGUCAAAAUCACCUAUACCCAGACAACAGUAAUGUACUAUUUGGAAACCUGGUCAGGUGCUGGUUUUUACCUCUUCUUUCAGUUCCUGAAAUGAUCUCCAUGUCUGUAUCUCAACAGGAAAAGCCGAGUUUCAAUGAGGCAAGAGGGGCAGCAAGUUUUAUCAUCCAGUAAGAGAGAAGAAUCCAUCACAGACUGUCACAUCAAUUCACCUAAAAUGAAGAAUGACUCGGUGUAAGUGUCCUGCCAUUAAAUCUAUUUAUCUCAGCAUUGAUGGUACAGCUCAAUGAAGAGGGUCAUGGCAAAAGAAAAGCUUGAGCUAAGCUUUAACUACACACAACUUUUGCUGAAAUGUGGCAUCAUUGGAGGACUGUUGCACUAGUCAGUCAUUUUGUGGUGGUUUUGUUCAGAUUUAGAUUGUAUUGAUACUCUUAAUCCCAAAAUUUGUUUCAGAAAAGUUGUCUGGUUUGUAGAGCUCUGAAUCUUGUUUCUGGGUAUUGUGAACAUAGUGUGUUUUUUUCCACCUUUUAAAGACUAAAAAACUUGAAUCCCAACUCAUUCAAUAUCACGCCCGUUUAGAUGCAGAACUGUUUUUAAGUCAUCGCUGUUUGAGUCAUUUUACAACUGAACCUUCUCCUCUUCUUCUUCUUUUGCUCAGUGUCUGUGUGCCCUCUGUUAGUCGCUUUGUAACUCGUCGCAGACGUGCUGUUGCGGCCAAACCCAAAGUUCCUCUAGCAACAGUCAGCAUACUCAACUCUUCUGACGACUUUGCCUCUGGAGCCUUUGCUUCGCGUAAAAGGAGGAGAGGGGGGAUCCCUCCAGCUUUUUUGGAGUCAGCGGCAGAGAACUCGGUGAACGCUGUAGAGACUGUCAGCUUUGCCACCGUCCCCUUCAAAGAGAUCUCCCUUAAUGAGUCAGCAGAUCACAGCCUCGGAUCCUGCUCCAGGAAACCCAUCUUCUGCUCUACACCUUCAGCAGGCCCCUUCAGCAAACGACCAUGCCUCAAACCCUCAUCUGCCGUCGAUCAACGUUUCUCUCCCCCGUCCAUUUCUGUAAGCUGCAUCGAUGUCAUGAGUACUUUCCAGGAAGAGCUGUACUCACCGGGACAGCCCACUCCCUCUCAGUGUCCUGCACCACCCACCGAACUUCAUUCAGAGGUGAAGCUGCAUUCAAGUGUCAGGGAGCCGGAAACUUCUGGUGAUUUCUUUAUGGAGCCCACGAGAAGCGGCUUAGGAGAGGAACACAAAAGAAACAGCAAGGACACAAAUAUCAAGAAUGCAAGAGAACCACUACCAAGUCUGAAUCUGUUCUUAACGGAUGACAGUGAAAGCAGCAGUCAUUUUGUGUCAGCAGCAGGAGGAUUAGAGUGGCUGAUCGAGGCUCUGAAGGAGAAAUGUUUGACCUAUCACUGCACAGUGCAGUUGGAUAGAUUGGACUUACUCACUAUGACUCAGCUCUGCAGUCAAACAUCCUACUCAUCCUGUUUGGAGCAGUCAAGCUCAGUCUGCCAAACAAAUGAACAUCCACUCUCUGUGCACAGCCUUCAAACUGCAUAUAAUCAUGUAUCUGAUGAAACCACGAGAGGUAGGGAUGAUUUGCAUUCAGUGAAUGGAUUUGAGUCUCCCGAACAUGCGGCUCCGCUGACUGGAAAUCAAAGCACUGAUAACUCAAUGGGCUGCAAGCAGUCAGCUGAGCAGUCAUCCUCAGAGGAAGGCAGCGCAGAGCCGCCAGCUUCAAACCCCCACGCUGAGAGCAGUGUUGAGUUUAUAAGUGGCACACAGUCACUACCGAACAACUCUGUGCAAACACUGUCCUCUGGAGAUGAGGUUGAAGCUGUGAAGGAAACAUGUCGGGUUAAGAGAUGCACAGUUGAGCUCCAGAAAUGUGCUCUAUCACCUGUGAGUGUUCAGCAGCUCAAAGACGCAGGUUUGGCUGUUGAUGAGAAACCUGCUAAAACAGACGUAAACAGCUCUGAAAGUGAGCCAGACAACCUCACAUGUUCAGAGGAGGUCACUGAGACAAUGAUGGUCUCAGUCAGACAGUCGGUUAACAGCAGCAGUACUGGAAAGUCGAACGAUACAGACAGGGACGAGAAGACAGCCGUGCUUCGAGCGCUGCUGAAAGAGGAGUGUCUAACAGAUAAAGUCAUUGUUCAGACGAAGAGAUUAACUUCAACACAGCUGAAAGAAAUCCUGCAGCUUAAAGGCACAACACUUCAAUCAGACGCACAUGUGUCAGACUCAACCAGUGAUGACCAGAGAAAGACAGAGCAGCGGUUUGACGGCAGCGUUAAUCAGAGUAAUGAAGACGCUUCAGCAGUGAAAAAGAGAAAGAAAGGCUCGUCAAGCUCUGAAGACAAGAUCGUUUCAGACAGAGAGGAAGUUGCUCUCCACGGAAGAAAAAAGACGUCUCGGGCUCCUAAAGAAAAGAAAAGAAGGAGCACGUCUGCCGACCGACCUGGGACGACCAGAAAGGCGUGUGUCAGCGGCCUGAGUGUGAGUCGUUGGAAAAACAAAGACCGCACACACAUGUUCGGGAGCAGGACUGCACAGAUGGGCGGGAACACAGACGUAGAGUGCAGCAUCAAUGAGCUAAUGAGCUCCACAAAACAGCCAAAGGUGAGAUCACAGCACAUCAGAGACCUGUCUCCUGGUUACUGAACAUGUUUUCUUUUCUUUUUUAGUCAGUCGUUGUCUGGCAAAAGCCAUUGUCAUGACUGGAUUGUGUGUUUCUGUCAGAAGACAGUCAUCUAAGAUAAGAUCAAAGUUUUUUUUUCCCCAGAUGAAACUCUGGCAUUAGCAUAAAAUAAGAGGAACACAAAGGAGCUUCAAAUCUGCCAGAGAUACAACAGCAUCAAGUGUGUAGUAAAAUAAUCAGUCUUUGAGUCACGGUGUCCUAAACAGCAUAUCAGUGGUAGUAAUCAGUAUGAAAGUAAACUGAGGGCAGAAGUGAUGACUCAUUGACUGUAAUCCUGACUGACAUAUUAAAGGUGGGGUAGACAGGACUCCGUUAAAGAAGCAUCUUUUUUGUGGUGUAUAUACAAAAAAGCUUUCAAUAUCAGUCGAUAGCUACUAGUUAUUGAUGAUGUUUGGUAAUAUCACAACAUCGCUGUGUUCUCUUAAGCCUGUGUAGUCAGCAUUUUGAAUUUUUUUAGCAGUCCACUCUUUCUGACAGUAAACAAAGCCGUUCUCCACCUCCUUAACCUGAUUGGUUGUGAGGCAGACGCUGCUCCCUCAUGCUGUGAGGCACGCUCCACGCUCUCGAAUAUCGUGCACGAGCCCAAACAAAGUUAGCGUGCUAUAAUAUCGGACAGUAGAAACCAACAAGAAAGUACGGAAAAUUGUCUGAAUCCUCCUUUGGCCAUGACUGUCAACACAAGCAAGGAAACAAAGUAAAUGUGGGCGGGGCUUGCUGGAGGAGAGAGGGAGGAGCUGAGGGGAAAACUGGUUGGGAGGGGUCGUGGUUACAUUCAAGAUUUCUCCUAAAAACUGGCACUUCCUCAGAUCCUGACUACCCCACCUUUAAAGGAAAGUGACUAUAAUAUUGCAUGAGGUUUUCAUAAUGUUAUUGAUGGAACGGGUGGUCAUGUUUAUGUUGUUGUAAUGUGAAAAAGUUUUCAUGGCCAGAGUAAUAAUUCAGUAAAUAUAUUAGUCUUAAAAUACACUGUCAGUCAUGUGCUCAGUGGUUAUAGAGUAAAGAAGAUGCUUGAUGUGGUCAUGUGACUGCGUGUGCUCAUAGACAUGUUAAUACUCUGAAAUCUCUACGUCUGUUUAAAACAGUUGGCUUUGUAAUCUAAAUGGGUAGAGAAGAGCGAAGGCAAAAGCUACAAUUGGGUUUUCUCCUCAUUCUUUAACCAUUUCUAUUUUCAUAAUUCAAGGGUACAAAAUAAAGACUGCUUCAAUUCCUCUUCUCUUACAAUCACAAAUGUCAACAAGUCGGAGCACUAUUGACAACCUUUGAUUUUCACCUUGUGGUCAGGAGCUGCUGUCGGGGACCAUGAGUUUUACUCCUGCAAGAGAGAAUCAGCUCAACCUCUCGUCUCUGAUGGCAGACUUGACAGCCGACACACAAACCUGGAGUCGACUCAAAGCUGCUCUCUCAGUUCACCGCAAGAGUAUGGGUUAUACACACACAAACACACAACCUAUAAGUUGUAGUAUGUUCCAAGCUGUUCUUGACCUCAAACACCUUUUUAUUUACCAGUUAAGUUUCAUAACAACGCCUUUAUGAUGUUCCCUCUCCCUUCUCCGAUUUUUGUAAUUUACACGUCUUUAUCCCUCUACUCCUUUCCUUUCAGUGUUCCUCACUCCGAAGAGUCUCUUCCUCUCUGCGUCAGACCGUCCUGUAAGAGGAGAGCUGGCAGAUGUCAGCCAGGAUCUCUUUGCUACACCCCGUCGGACACCAUUCUCCAAACGCCUGCGGUCACAGCUGCAGAGCUGCAGUUCUCUGGUACAACACGCACACACGACCAAAAAGACAGACAAGGGCAGACAGGCUGCCAACUUUCUCGUGUAAAAUCCCCACCAAGAAGCGCAUUAACAUACAAGCAGCACCAAACCCAAAUUUGAAUUCUGAAUUUUGAUUUUGCUCCAUGCCUGAGGUUAAAGUGUGAAUGUUUGCUCAUGUGUUUCCACCUUUCUGCUGUCUGUCUCACAGGUCGUGUGUGAGGAUGAAGAUCUGUCAGACGCAGAGAAGGUGUACGCUGAGUGUGGACAGUCACGCCCACUACCCUGGGAGGAGUGUAUCCUCCGUCAGCGUAUGAAAAAAUGUGUGAAGAUUGGAGAGGGGACAUUUGGAGAAGUCUUCUCCACCAUCAAUACUGCAGGGGACACUGUGGCGCUCAAAGUAUGUGUAAAUUUUGUCAAUAUGUGUGUGUUAAAAACAACAACAACACAAUUUUGAUUUCACACAGAAAUCAAAUUCACUUCCUACCUGUUUACAAAGCUUUUGUUUAAAUGUCAUGACCUGCUUUAGUAAAAGAAAUUUAUCAAGUCAUCACAUGACCCAAAUAUGACAUUGUUGUGGUUUUAUUACAGGGUAUCCGCAGGGUUUUAAAACAUCUCAAAUCCAGUAAUUUUAAUUUAAGGCCUUGAAAUGUCAAAAAUUCUCUUAAAAUCCCAUAAAAUGUCUUAGAUACGAUUUUGAAAGGUCUUAAAAGUGUAUUAACUCUACUUACAAGUAAAUAAUGUGCCACAGGAAACAAGAUUGAUUUAAAGUAAUUUAAAAUGUUUAGAUGUCCCUUUAUGUCUUAUGUCCUGUUUUGCCAGUAUGGAUGUAAAAUGGGUCUUAAAUUGUAUUAAUUAUGGUCUUUAAAAAGUCUCAAAUUUGACUUGUUGAAACCUGCUGAAGUCCUGUAACAAAAGCAGUAAAUUCAAAGUAAGAGACAUGAAUAAAAAGAAGAUAAAAUCAACAAAAGUUAAUAAACAGUUGAGUAUAUUUGUUUAUAUAUGAUAAAUAACGAAAAGGUCUAUAGCUGCGUGUAAUAGUCGUCAGUUGUUGAAGAAAACUGUUUGAAAUGGUGACGCAUGAGAGAAUAAGCAGAAUAAUAAUAAUUGUGAAUUCUUCUUUUGCAUAUUUUUAUUUUGGAGUCAAGAGUUAAUCAAGCCAAAGAACCCCAUGUGAAGUUUAUCUGUUGCCAGGAAGUCAUACUGUUGUUCAACAUUUAUCACAUCUCAUCACAUUUAUUGCUCUUGCGCUGACAGAUCAUUCCUCUAGAGGGCAGUGAAAAGGUGAACGGAGAAGAUCAGAAGACAUUCGGAGAGAUUCUUCAUGAGAUCAUCAUCUCAAAGUAAAAACAAAGCACACAUCAGGGUGUUGUCCUACUUGAAUGAUUGUGAUCCACUGAUAAUGAUUAUGCAAGCCGUUCAGCUGCUGAGUAAACAACAUUGUGUGUUUGUGUGUGUGUUUUGUUUUCUACCAGGGAGCUGACCAGCCUCAAAGUGAAGCAGCAGAAUCAGACCACUGGAUUUAUUGGUCUCAACGAGUAAGCCCCAUCGCUGCUCUUAUUGUUUAUGUGCAUCUGUUAGUAGUUUUGAGUGUUAACAUGACUUGACUCUCUCCCUCAGCCUCCACUGUGUGCAAGGAAGCUACCCUCCAGACUUCCUGAAAGCGUGGGACACCUUUGACCGGCAGAAAGGCUCUGAGAAUGACAGACCAGGUCAGAUACAGAGACGUCUCUUUGGUUUGAUUCACAUUUUGUUUAAUUUUUCAUAACCCGAGGAUCUGCAGUACAGCAUUCAUUAUCUUUAGAUGAAUAGCCCAGCUGCAAAUGCUCUAGUGUUCAUUUAUUUUAACUUGUUUUCUCUAUUUAUUUCAGAUUUUUUUGAAAAGGAUCAGCUGUUUAUUAUUCUAGAGUUUGAGUUCGGAGGCAGGGACCUUGAGAACAGUAAUGGGACGGUAAGUCAUGGUUUAAUUUUAUCAGUGUUGUCAUUUGAAGCCCAAAUGCCUCCUUUUUUUACCCUCAAAAGCCGAAUCAAACAAAGUAAAGAAGGAGUGCAGUUCUCCUUCAUGGUGUGAUUAUAUUUCACCAAGCGCAGUCUGGCUUGUCUUCUCCCUAACUUUACAGUUUUAUUUUAAGUCUUGUAAGCAGCAGCAAGCAGCAAUUAAAGCAGACGAAGUUCAAAGUACUUAAGCGCUUUCCUCUCUUCACAGUCGCUGCUGUAGCUCAUUUCGUUUUCACACUAACUUUAAAAUGUGCUCAGGCAUUACCGAGAGGACUGCACUCAAAUAUCCCUGUAAUUAAGUCCUGUACUAAAAAUGAGUGUGAUCUUAAAUCUGCAUGCCGGGAGAAGAAUAAAGCAGGAAGCCUCUGUAAGUGCGGGUAUUGAUUGGAAAAUCACUCACUUUUUUCUUGUCUUCAGCCUUUUAGUUUGCUUUCUUUGCUGCCGUGUGAGUGUACGAGUGCAGGCUUAGAUUCAAGCCUUCGUUUUUGUCCUGUAGUUGGCAUCUCUGGGGGUGGCAAAGAGCAUUCUUCACCAGGUCACUGCUGCCUUGGCUGUUGCUGAACAGGAGCUUCACUUUGAACACAGGUCAGUCAUACAAAUACACAACCACACACAAAUUAAUGAAAUCUAUACCAUUGGAUCCCAAUCUGGGGUCCAGAGAUCUCAGGUGAGGCAUGAGGCUGAAACCACACAGUUAUGCUGGAGGGCUGGGACGAUAUGCUUUCUCCCAAUUCGAUUCUUCUACGAUUUUUUGGAUGCCGAUUCGAUUUAAAUUGCGAUAUUGUUGAUUUUCUCGGUUUAGUCUGCAUUUUUAACACCAGUGAAACAGUUGAAGGAUAAUGAUUGUCUACUGACUAUUCCAGGAUCCAUAUUUCCCCAAAAAAUACAAAUUACAUGUAAGUCAGUUUUUAAGAUUUAUUCUUGAAUAUGAAGGAAAAAAUUUUGAUUUUUGAACACAAAAAUUGAUUUAAAAAUUAUAAAACAAAAAAUCAUGAUGCAUAUGUGAAUCAGUUUUUUUCUCCCACCCAUAUUUUCCUGUAUUUUCUUCAAGUAAAGCCUAAGUUUUGAACGGUUAAAAAGAUUAAAGUACGUGUUUAUUUAUGACUAUUUUGGCUCUCUGGGUUUCCAUAAUUAUAGUGUUUGAGUGGGAAUGAUGUGUAUCAAACUAUACGUAUUUGCGUCUUAAACAUUGUAUUGUUUCAAUGUCUGGUGAUGAGAACAACAUGUUGUUGAGUUUAGUGUCCCACAUCGUGUCUGAUGCUUGUUGAGGCCGACCUCACACUCUGUAGGUGUGAUCAGUGACACAGAUGGGGUGUGUAAGUGGUGUCAGAGUGAUGGAUGCUUUGUCAGUAUCUGGUAACAGCAACUAUCCCCCCUGUGCUGUUGACUUCAGGGACCUCCACUGGGGUAACGUGCUGGUGAAAACAACAAAGCAGAAGACAGGCAGCUUCCUCCUGAACGGAGCAGCCCACUCUCUGGAAACCAAAGGGGUUCUGGUCCGGAUCAUCGACUACUCUCUCUCCAGGCUGGAAAUUGGUCCGAUUUUUUAUUUCUGUGUGCACAAAAUCUUUAUCCCUGUUUAAAUUAUGAACAGUAAAAAGAACAUAUUCUCUUUUUUAUUCUCUGCAGAUGAUCUGAUAGUGUCCUGUGAUAUCUCCAAUGAUGAGGAGCUUUUCAUGGGCCAAGGAGAUUACCAGUUUGACAUCUACAGACUGAUGAGACAGGAGAACGGGUCUGUGGUUAUAUCUUCCCACAUCGAAUCUAAACUCUGUAAACAGCCAAUGAGAUAGAUGUCCCUGGGUACACAGCACAGCGCAUCUCUAGAUAAUAAAACGCAUAUCCUCUGAUUUAUAAAUGUAGGUGUGUGAAAUGUAUAGGACAGCAGAGCAGCUAGCAGACUCCUGAUUGAUUUGACCUUGACUUGGUUGAAUCAAUAUGUCGUCUAGAAAUACGAGUCAGCAGUUUAUAGUUACAAUCACCAGAUCUGAUCUUGCUACACACGCAAAAUGAUUCACAAUAGACCUCAAGUUUAUAAGUUGGACAUGUUUUUGUCUAGUUUAGAUCGAUGGAAUACUGAGGGAAUACUUUAAGAAAAUGCAAAAGUAGGUUGAAAAAAAUGACACCACUCAAUAACAUUAACUUAUUUUACGCCCCUUUCGGUCAGUCUAGGUUGAGCUACAAGUUGUCAAAGGCGUUAUCGUUCUCAUAUAUCCUGUUUUGAAGUAAAUUGGUUAAUUUGUUCAUUUCAGGAACAACUGGAGCACCUACCACCCCCAUACCAACGUAUUGUGGCUUCACUACCUGUGCUCGAAGCUGCUCGCCAUGAAGUACCGGUGCACGAGAGGGAGGGGGGCCAAGGACACACGAGAGGAGCUGAAUCGUUUCUAUGGCAACGUCCUCCAGUACAGAUCCGCCACCGAUGUGCUGCAAAACUGCUCCAUGUUUCAGGAACUGCAAAGACAGACCUGACUCUGUAGUGCAAAUCACUGACCCUUUGUCUGGAUCAAGGUUUUAUUAAAUGUUUUACUAUUUCCACACACACACACAAAUUCAGGUUAAAACUGCACCAUGCGAAGCGGAAACCAUUCACAAACAUAAUCCCAAAAUGUUUUUUAACUUCUCAGGGAUCGAACCCAUUUAGGGUGGAGCAAGACCUGGCGGAAAGCUGUCCGAAGACUACAAAAAGAAGAGGCUCGUAGAAAAACAAAAUAUUUAUUCAAUUUGUCCAUUAAGAUUAUCAUACAUUUUUGCAUUAAAACAAGCUUCAUUUUGGUAUGUCGAGUCGUGUGUGUCCUUUUUGACGAGGAUCUUGGUUGAAUACGUCGAAUGUAUCCAUACUCAAAGAGAAACUUGUUGGUUGUUCAUCGUAAGAAAUGUACGUUUGCCCCGGAGUAACUAUGUGAUGAGAUUUAGAGAAAAGGUUGCAUUCUUUUAAAAAAGGAAGACCGUUUAAAAAAAGAAAAAGAUAUGGAGACAUUUCAAACUAUACAAACAAGAUCCAGCAGACCUUUGUUCACAAACGAGGUCAGGCAUGUGUUUGAGAAGCACUUUUUGGUUGAGCUUUGAGGCAAUGUUUGAGAUGGCCUUGCUGGUGAUGAGCCCAUAUGUCUGUUGAUGUGUUUAUGUAUGUUUGUGUGUGUGUGUGAUCAGAAGCAAUAAACUGUAUAUGAAGAAAUGUAUUUGCAGAUGCAGUGUGUGUGUAUUUGUGCUCAAAAGGAGAAGUAUUUGGUGAACCACUCCUGUUUUAGCCCCUCUGUCCCCCUUGGCUCCAGAUACGGGCCCCUAAAAGAAGAGGAAAGACAUUUGAGUCCCUGAUAUCACCAAAUCUAUUUUUAAAUAGAGACCUAAAAAAUGUUCUAACCUGAUUGAAUGGGCUUGCAGGUGCGGCUCCUGACAGGAGGGAGACACGUAGCGGAUGCCAGUCUGUGCAGAGGGGCAGACGGGGAGCGGGGCCGUGGGCGCCGGAGUUGGAGGGAUGCAGGAAGUCCUGGAUCUGGUGGAGCGAGGAAGGCAGGGGGAGGACUGUUGGCUGAGGGAGAGGGAGGUGUGCUUGUGUGGAAGAGAGGAGGUGGAGUAAUGGGGGGAGGUCUGAGGGUGGGAGGAGGACUGGUGGGGAAGGGUGGAGGAGGAGUGCUGAUGGACUGAGGAGGUGGAAGACGAUGAGGAGGAGUUGGGGAGAAAGAUGUUCCUGUCGUAAGCACUGGCGCUGGAGAUGCUGGUAACACGAGGCGGAGACUCCACACGCUUCCUCUGUAAAUUAAAAACACAAACUUAGUCUGAGUGUAAAACUAAUCCAAAUGAUGAGUCUAUCAGUGAUUAAAGGGAUAUUCCACCAUAACAUCGAGUUAGACACCCUGUCGAGAGAUGAAUGUUGCAAUAUCUUAUACAAUGAGGGCCUCUUCCAGCAGCCGCUUGUUUGUACAGAGACCUCAAGCGAGCCCAUCACUACUGCAGUGGGGUGACACAGCUCAAGGAAGAACUUUUAUGAUCAUUACUUUUUCAUUUCCUUGAAGUAAUAAUCAUCAUAUUAAUCAUUUUGCACUGCAGACACGGUAGUUCUGCCUUAGUGUCUCGGUCUGAUUGUAUUUCUAUGAAGAAAUUAUCAUAAAUGUUCUUCCUUGAGCUGCGUCAAAAUAAAUUGAUUUUAUGUUGGAAUAUCCCUUUAAAAUCACUUUGCUACCCUGUUGUAUCCAAACCACUACCAUGAUAAGUUGUCAUUGAACACAUCAGCUAAAGCAGGAUGUUUAAAAUAGCUUAAACAAUUAGGGCCUGUGUCCACUAACAGCAUUUUUGCACCGGUCUCUGUACAAAACUGAUGCAGAAACGUUUUUGGCCAUCUGGGUCUUGUGUCAGCAUCAGCACUUUUCAUAUCCGCACUUUUCAUAUGCUGUGCUCACACGCCUCUAAGAAAAAAAAAUUUAACUUUUGGUACACCACUGUGUCAGUCAAUGUCACUACUCCAUCUCCAACCAAUCAAAGUCAAGAAGGUGCAAGAUCUCUGAUCUCACAACAAUAGCAAAAGAGACUAUCAGCCUUAUAACCAGUUUCUGCUCUCAUGCUGCUGCUGCUGCUGCCAGAACACAUUCAUCUCUACUGUUUUUCCACUUUCUUUGCAUAAUUUCCUUGGGACUCAUGAGAUGAGUAAGACGAGACAAAAUGCAGUGCAAGAAGGAGCUUUUUAUACUUUCCAGUUCAAAUGUCAACAGUGAGUGAUACACUGAACAGUUUAAAGAAAACAGAACAAGAUUAUUUUUGGUAUGAAGCACAACUUGCUUGUAUACAGGACAAAGAACCUGCAACAGGUUCCACUAUGUCUCCAAUCUAUGACUUUAAAUAAAAACGAAACAAAGUUUACAGACUCGGGUGAGUCUUCUAUUUUUAAAUUUUGAAUACUAGUUGUUUUAAAAAAGAAACUAAAGAGGUUCACAUGACUAUCAUCUUAAUAAAACAUUUGUUGCAUAAUUUUUUUUCCAAAGACUGGCUUUAAUGUGGUUUAACUACCACACGGCGGCUAAAUCCUAUUUAAAACUGUUUUUUUUAACCACUGGUUGAUAACAUAAAAAAAGGAAAGCACUACUAUGCCAGUAAAACAAAACAGCAGAGACCACAACAAAACACUUUGUCGAAAAUAUCAGUGAAGUGAUUGACAGCUAUUUUUAAAAUUGUCUGAAGGCAGAUGUUUGUCGCAGAAAAAAUCAGAUGGAGUAUAAUUUUAGAUGUUGUCUGCAAACAUGCAUCAGUCCUAAUCUGAGAUUUACCUGUAAGGACGGUCUGCUGUCACUUGUUCAUAGUUGACACAAGAAUGAAUGAAUGAAUACAGGUUAUUCACACCAAAUCCUACACUCGCAACUUCAAAUGGCAAAGAUUUGAGUAGUUUCUGACAGGAAUUUCAUUUUAAUCUCACUCAUAUAAAAACUGAGGGUUAUAAGAAAUAACCUGAAAAGAAACUAUAAUGUCAAGUAAAAAAAAUCCUUCAUCUAAGGCUGUUUGUCUCCAGACCAAGCUGAAUAUUAUAUUGAAGCUUUGUGAUGUACGCAGAGACUUUGGCGAUCUGUCGAGGGAGAACUUGGCUCUGACCCAGUGAGCACUUCUGGCUGGAAGGCGUCCGGCUCUGAUGAAAACAUUUGUGCCUGAACAGAACAGACAAACUCACCCUCAUGGUUGGCGUGGCACUCCCCGGGCGGGACUUGCUGUCACGAAGCCGGAGGGUGCUGUUGUCCCCGGCCACAGGAGGGUGGAGCUGCAGCUGAUGCCUCUCUUCCUGGGGGGAAGGAGGAUAAGGAAGGACUUUCAUUGGCCUCAUUCACAGUUGGUGUUGUUGCUUUUGUGUAAGCCAUGUGUCUGGAGGGUAAACUUGUUUGCUGAGCUGCCUCAUGCCACACAGAUGGCAGACACACACUCUCUGGCAGAGGACACUUCUAAAAUAAGGGAUUUUUCCAAACGCAUGCAUAACUGCAGAUGAUUAAUGACAGCACUGAUCAGAGUCAGGGGGAUGUUUGUACUUAUUACAACUUUUGACGAACCUGACAGUUCUUUGUGCACCGUUACAGCAUACUUUCCUACUUUAAUUUAAUGAGGUUAAUCACUAUUUUCAGGGGCUUUUUAUCAUAUCAGACAGUUUACCGCGUAUUCAGUGAGAUGUGUACGCAUUUAAUAGAAGUAAAUAUUUCUACAGACAGAAAAUAUGGAGUAAAUGAAGGAGGAGCCUAAUGAACAAACUAACUAGAGGUUAUAAAAGCAGGGACAUUGCAUCAACAUGAAAAACAUCCUAACUACAAGGCCACCAGGACUCUACAUUAAAAGACGCCCUCAGACUCCUCGCUUCCCCCAGCGGCAUCUGAGCCAACCCUGUCUGCUAAUGAGGCCCGCGUGAUGUGAAGGGAACCUGCUCAUUCAGCAAAUGAGCGGACAUGAAGAGGAGGUCGCUUGGGUCCAGAAUACAUUCAGUUACUUAAGUUAUAUAUGCGUUUGGUUGUCAUGGCAACCGGUUCUAGGAGACUAUAUGAUGAACUGUUGAAGUGUCGAGCUCAAGUUUGAUAACUGUUUAACUUUGGAAAGAUCAACACGGUUACUUCACAUGAAAUCUUUUCAGGAAGAUUUAUCGUUGGGUUCCUACAAUAAAAAACAGUUUUAAAAAUUACAGAUUUUUCGGAAACGCUUUCUUUUACAGUACACUUAUUAACAGGUAAUUAACAGGUAAUUACCUUGUAACAACAUGAAAUUAUCUGGUAAUUACAUUGUAACUACUAAGUCAACACUUUCUAGUUUUUCUUUUUUUCUUUUUUCUGUGCAGCUCCAUUUUCAAAAGCUAUUUGGGGUUCUUAUUUUCUAUGAUUGACACUUGAUACAGUCUGUGGGCGUGCCAAGAUUGCGUAGCGAUACGCUGUUUGAGCCGAGCGUCAUCACAGCGACUCACCUGCCGAAUGCGUACAACGCUACUGCGCAAGUGGUGGUUCCAGGAAGCGGAGAAAAUCCUGGAAAUACCAGAGAAAUUCGGCUUCAAAUUUGUAUGAUGAUGGAAGGUUACCUACCUGGUAGCUAGACAGUAUUGACUUAGUAGUUAUCAUGUCAUUACCAGAUAAUUUCAUGUUGUUACUAGGUAAUUACCUGUUAAUUACAUGGUAAUAAGUGUACCGUAAAAGAAAGCAUUACAGAUUUUUCUCAUCAUGACUCUUUUCCAUAUUUGAUCAAGUUUUUGUCUUUAUUUCUUUUUAUUCCAUUUCUUAUUCUUCCUCGUUUUUCAUCACUUUCCUCCUUUUUACUCUUUCCUCCACUUAGUUUGACAUUUACCAACCAAGCCUCACUUUGUAAACAACUUUUUUUUUAGACUUUAUUUUGCAGUUUUCCAUUAACUGACAUACAACUUCCAAACACAGACCCCCUCCCCCAAGGCUCUUCAAAUAUAAAUUAAACAGAAAAAGUGACCUCUUCUCAUAAGUUCAGAAAAUCAGUGUUUUGAGCAUGUUAUAAAAUGGUUCCAACUAUCCAAUACAACUUCAGAUGUUUCAUUGAAAGGGAGAACCUUCUUCAAAUUCUAUAAAGGGACUCCAGAUCAGGGUGAAGUUUCUGUGGGCUUCACAUGUUUGGUAUCUCAGUUUCUCUUAAGGUAGAAAAGAUAGAAAGAAAGAUCCCUCAACCAUUGUAGAAAUAAAGGGUCUGAGUUUGCUUUCCAGUUAAAAAGUAUGAGUCUGCGUGCAAGUAGGGAAGCAAAUGCCAGAGCAUCUGCCUG